AUGCCCGUCGCUGUCACCGAUUCUUCAGCAACCGCAAGCAUGUCUACCAAGGAGAAUAAGGAAAGCCUCAAGGUUCUGGAUGAACUGAUGGCAAAGCUCUCCAUCUCCAAGGCCCAGGAAGACAUCAACGCCGCCACUCAUAAUUUAGCCGUCUUCAUCAACUCCCCCAUCGAGGAGAACGAUGCCCCCGUCAAGACCGUCGAAUCCCUCAAGAAGCAACUCGCCAACAAGAAGGAUGCCAACGUCCGCGAGCGCGCUCUCAAUGCCAUCCAGGCCAUUGCGGAGCAUGCCGACACCUCGGCGUCCGUCGAGCCAUACUUGGUGGUCCUCCUCCCAUCCGUCCUCGCCGCCGUGGGCGACAAGAUGGUCCCCGUCAAGAACGCGGCCCAGGCUGCAGCUCUCGCCAUCGUCAAUGCCGUUAACGCCAACGGUGUGAAGGCCCUCCUCCCCCCGAUCAUCAACUCGAUCCUCACCGCCCAGAAGUGGCAAGAAAAGAUCACCGGUCUCACUUGCAUCGAGGCCCUCGUCGUGUCCGCCCCGACCCAGCUCGCUCUCCGCGUCCCGGAUCUGAUCCCAGUCGUCUCCGAAUCCAUGUGGGACACAAAGCCCGAGGUGAAGAAGAUGGCGUACGGCACCAUGGAGAAGGUCUGCGCUCUGAUCGUCAACAAGGACAUCGACCGUUUCAUUCCCGAGUUGAUCAAGUGUAUCGCCAAGCCCGAGAACGUCCCCGAGACCAUUCACUUGCUCGGCGCCACGACUUUCGUCACCGACGUCCACGAGCCCACUCUGGCCAUCAUGGUGCCUCUCCUGGAUCGUGGUCUGGCCGAGCGUGAGACGGCCAUCAAGCGAAAGUCGGCCGUGAUUGUCGACAACAUGUGCAAGCUGGUCGAGGAUCCCAACAUCGUUGCGGCUUUCCUGCCCAAGCUGAUGCCCGGACUCACCAAGAACUACGAGAACUUGGCCGAUCCCGAGGCCCGUGAGAAGACCAAGCAAGGUCUGGAUACCCUGGUCCGGGUCGGAAACGUGGUGAACGGCAAGAUCCCCGAGGCCUCCCACGCUGGGGACGUCGCCACCGUUCUCGCCAUCCUCAAGUCGAUCCUGGAGCCCAAGCACAAGGCUGUCAUCAGCAAAUUCGAGCCAAUCCUGGAAUUCACGGCUGCUCUGGCCGGUCAGCUGAUUGACGAGAAGGAUGCCGAUACCCAAAGCUGGACGACCACCAUCAAGCCGUACAUUGCCGCCAUCAUCCCAGAAGGUGAGGCCCAAGCCAUCGUGGACGCCCUCCGCAAGAAGGCGUCCCCUCUCGCCGAGGCGGAGGAUGCCGAGGAGGCUGAUGACGAGGAGGGAGAGGACCUCUGCAACUGCACGUUCAACUUGGCCUACGGUGCCAAGAUCCUCCUGAACCAGACCCAUCUCCGCUUGAAGCGCGGUCAGCGAUACGGUCUCUGCGGUCCUAACGGUUCCGGAAAGUCGACCCUGAUGCGCGCCAUCAACAACGAGCAAGUCGAGGGUUUCCCCAAGAAGAGCGAGGUCAAGACGGUGUUCGUCGAGCACGAUCUCGAUUCAGCGGAUACGGAGCAGACCACCAUCGACUGGACCAUGAAGAAGUUGAAGGAGGUCGGUGUCGAGACCACCCGCGAGGAUGUGAUCAAGCGGUUGGACGAGUUCGGUUUCACCGAUGCUAUGAUCAACAACUUGAUCACGGCCCUCUCCGGAGGCUGGAAGAUGAAGUUGGCUCUGGCCCGUGCCGUCUUUGAGGCGCCUGACAUUCUCCUGCUCGAUGAGCCCACGAACCAUCUGGAUGUCAAGAACGUCAAGUGGCUCGAGGACUACUUGAUAGCCUCCCCCUGCACAUCCAUCAUCGUUUCCCACGACACGGGUUUCCUCAACAACGUAUGCCAACACAUCAUCAACUACGAGCGGUUCAAGCUCAAGCGUUACCGCGGUAACAUCACCGAGUUCGUCAAAAAGUGCCCCUCUGCCAAGUCUUACUUCGAGCUUGAGGCUUCUGAUAUGGCGUUCAAGUUCCCCGAGCCCGGUUUCCUGGAGGGUGUCAAGACUAAGGCCAAGGCUAUCGUUCGGGUGUCCAAGAUGUCCUUCCAGUACCCCGGUACACCAAAGCCCCAGAUUUCCGACAUUACUUUCCAAUGCUCGCUCGGUUCCCGUAUUGCCGUCAUUGGUCCCAACGGUGCUGGAAAGUCCACUCUGAUCAACGUCUUGACCGGUGAGCUGAUCCCCACCUCCGGUGACGUCUACACCCACGAGAACAUCCGUAUCGCCUACAUCAAGCAGCACGCCUUCGCUCACAUCGACCACCACUUGGAGAAGACGCCUUCUGAGUACAUCCAAUGGCGUUUCCAGACGGGUGAGGAUCGUGAGACCAUGGACCGCGCCAACAAGAUUGUUACGGAUGAGGACGAGAAGGCGAUGGACAAGAUCUACAGGAUUGAGGGAACCCAACGACGUGUCAUUGGUAUCCACUCUCGCCGCAAGUUCAAGAACUCCUACGAGUACGAGUGUUCGUUCGCUCUCGGAGAGAACGUUGGCAUGAAGAAUGAGCGAUGGGUUCCCAUGAUGACUGCCGACAACGCCUGGAUCCCUCGUACCGAGAUCUUGGCUUCCCAUCAAAAGAUGGUUGCUGAAGUUGAUCAGAAGGAGGCUCUCGCCAGUGGUCAAUUCAGACCUCUGGUCCGAAAGGAGAUUGAGGCUCACGGUGCCAACUUCGGUCUCGAUGCCGAGCUGAUCUCCCACUCUCGCAUGUUGGGUCUGUCCGGUGGACAACGUGUCAAGGUCGUUCUCGCUGCAUGCUCGUGGCAACGCCCUCACUUGAUCGUUCUCGAUGAACCUACCAACUACCUCGAUCGUGAUUCCCUUGGAGCCCUCUCCAAGGCCAUCAAGACAUUUGAGGGUGGUGUGAUCAUCAUUACUCACUCCAAAGAGUUCACCCAGAACUUGACCGAGGAAGUCUGGGCCGUUGUCGACGGAAAGAUGACUCCUUCCGGCCACAACUGGGUCAGCGGACAAGGUGCUGGUCCAAGACUAAAGGGUGACGACGAUGAGGAGGAAGACAAAUUUGAUGCCAUGGGCAACAAGAUCGUGUCUACGAAGAAAGCAAAGAAAUUGACAUCUGCCGAGCUUCGCAAGAAGAAGAAGGACAGAAUGGCCAGAAGAAAGCGGGGUGAAGAGGUCUUCUCCGACGAGGACGAGUAG